GCGAACCGUGCGUGCGACUUGUUCCACAAGAUUAAAAGAUUAUGACGAAGAAUAAACAACCGAAAUCACGUACAACAAAGAAGUUCGUUAAAAUUGUGGAGAAUAAAGAAACUGAGAAUUCCGAAGUACCCGUGAAGACUGACUCCUUAGAUGAUGAAGAUCAAGGGUUUGGAGGGUGGCUUAAGUCUGAGGAUGGGAUGGACACUAUGAAGCUAUUUGUAUUAGCGAACAGCAUAGUGAUGGUUACAACAAUUGCUUACCCACACAUUCAAACGAUAUUCUCUAUCAUAUCAGAAAUCAUAUACGGCGAAGAAGAGUAUUACCGAGUUGAACUAUAAUAAGCUUUGAAUGUGACUUUUAAUAUUUAAUGGAACUGGAAUAUAAAGAAGAAAAUUAACUUUAUUUCGACUUUGAACUGAACCCCAGACUGUUAAAAGGGCUUUGAAUAAAAAUAUUACUAAACUUAAUCGGAUUUUGGCUUCUCUUGUUGUAUAUUAAAACAGUCAUGUAUUUUAUUCAUAAAAGCGCAAUUUUGCAGAAGUCGUCUUAUUUAUAUUAUGCAUAAUGUAUAAUUAGAAAACAUUUUCGUAUAUUGAAGACGCUUGGUUUAAUAUUUCGUGUUGUUUUCUCACUAAGCGUAGUCGUUUGGUAUUCAAUAAACGUUUGGAAAAUGAUUUCCGACUACUUUAAUAAAGAGUUCCAAAGAAUGCUAUUAAAUGUAACGGAGGAGGAUGAAAAUAAUGAACUGUAAUGUAAGUUUUCUAACUGUUCUAUAUUAAAUAGGAAAUAAAAAUGUGUGUUAUAAAUAGGUUCUGAAGGCUUUUAGUAAAAUGUAUUAUGUUUUACAGUUUAUUAACGUUUCAGCACGAUAAGAAUAGUUAAUCUAAACCAGAAAUGAGGCCAUCGAAGCCU